UUGCUCUCUCUCUGUCUUUCCUUUUCUUUCUAUUCAAGCAGCUUAUCAUAACGUACGUGGUUUUGAUGCAUUGCCAUGUUGACUAAUUCCAAUCAACCACGCAUUCUCUCUCUAUUGGUUCAAUUCAUUAAUAUUUUCCCUUUGGUUUGAUGAUUUUGGUACUGCAACUCACAACCUGUAGCCAACUAUGCACUGUGGAUGGACUUUGCAGCCUUUUCCAAAUCUAAACCUUUCUGUCAUGGUUUGUAGGUAGAGAAUUAAGGUACCAUUUCAAGUUGGUUACUGGCAGCCAUGAAGUUUAUGAAAUUAGGAACAAGGCCAGACACCUUCCACACAGAACAAGCCACCAGGACUGUCAUUUCAGAUGCACCCAAUGACCUUGUUAUCAAAAUAAACAACAUCACUUAUCUCAUUCACAAGCUGCAGUUCCCUAUGCUUCCGAAAUGCGGACUUUUACAGCGACUUUGCUCGAACAAUGGCAAUGGUGAUGAUCACAAAACAAGAAUAGAGCUCCAUGAAAUUCCAGGUGGAGAAGAAGCUUUCGAGCUGUGUGCUAAAUUCUGCUAUGGAAUGACAAUCAAUCUGAGUGCCCAUAACUUGGUCUCUGCUUUCUGUGCUGCUAACUUUCUUGGAAUGAAUGAAUCAACAAACGAAGGGAACUUCAUCGUCAAGCUUGAAUCUUUCUUUCUUUCUUGCAUCCUCUGUGGUUGGAAGGACUCCAUUUUAACGCUUUCUUCUUCACUUGGCCUUUCUGAAUGCUCCCAUAAUCUUGGUCUCACUACCAAAUGCAUCGAUUCUAUCAUCCACAAAAUCCUUACUCCUCCUUCUAAGGUCACAUGGUCCUACACGUACACCAGACUCGGCUACAACAAGAAGAACCACCGUUUAGUGCCAAAAGAUUGGUGGACAGAGGACAUAGCCGAUCUCAACAUCGAUCUAUUCCGUUGUAUAAUCGCAGCGAUUUCAUCAACUUGCAUACUACCUCCACCGUUAAUCGGUGAAGCUUUGCAUGUCUAUACUUGCCGAUGGCUUUCCGACGUCCGAGACACAUCUACGUCGAAAACCGAAGCAAACGUAGAGAAGAAUCGACUAAUCCUAGAAACCAUAAUCAGCUUAAUUCCUCCAGAUAAAGAAUCAGUGUCAGUAAACUUCUCACUUAGGCUACUUAGCCUUGCAAAUAUCUUGGGAGCGUCUCAAGUAACAAAGGCAGAAAUUAUAAGAAGAUGCAGCCUUCUAUUGGAAGAGGCAACUGUGAGUGAUUUACUUUUUCCUUCAAAAGAUGAAGUUGAUGUUGAUGAGCAAUGUUUGAAUGAUGUUGAUUUGGUUGUGAGUGUUUUAGAGAGUUUUUUGAGAAGAAAUUCAGAUGUGGAAAAUGCAGAGGUUUUGAGAUCUAUAACAAAAGUUGGGAAACUCAUUGAUUGUUAUCUCCAAGUGGUUGCUAGAGACCCCAAAAUGGGUGUUGCUAAGAUGAUUCAUGUUGCUCAAACUUUGCCUGAUCUUGCUCGACCAAGCCAUGAUCAUAUUUACAAGGCUAUCAAUAUCUUUCUCAAGGAGCAUCCAGAAGUGAGCAAAGUAGAGAAGAAGCGGUUAUGUCGAGUUCUUAACUGCCAGAAACUGUCGCCGGAAGUACGAGGACACGCGGUGAAAAACGAGCGGCUGCCGCUUAGAACAGUGGUGCAAGUUUUGUUCUUUGAGCAACAAAUCAAAGGUCCAAAGACAAGUAGCCGAGUAGCAGCCACAGAAGAGUUGCAACAAGAUGAGAUCAGAUCUGUGCCAAAACAGAGGCCAGCCAGUGGCGAUCACGAGACGAAAUCUCGAGCAGAUCGACAAAAACUGAGGAGAUCAGAGAGCACAAGAUCGAGACCCAAUGAAAAAGAAGAGCAGAAAAUGAAGAGAAAUGAGUUGCUAAAGCAAUCAAGAAGGAAGGAAGUUGUGAAUGAAGGAGAAAGAAGAUGAGGAAGUUAAAAGUGAAGAAGAACAGAGAUUGUUACUAAAAACAGAGACAAACAGAGAUUCCAUUUCUUUCUCAUUUACAGGCUUCUUUUUUUUUGUUAUUUUUUGUUGUUCAUGAGUUGGGUGUUGCCAUAAGAGUGUGUUAUGAUAAAUAAGAUUCAUUUUCAUAGGCCAAAUGUUGGCAAAAUUUAAAUGAAAGGAAAGGAAGAUGUGCACCUCCA